CAUAUAACAAUAAAUUUUAAAAAAUGUCAAGAGAGCCAAUAAAAUAUAAUGUUUCAGAAUUAUCAUCAGAAUUAGAUGAAGGUUAUAUAUGUCCAAUUUGUUUAGAAUCAUAUUUUAAAAAAGAAAUUUACCAAUGUAAAGAAGGUCACUGUUCAUGUAAAGAAUGUUGGAUAAAAUCACUUGAAAAUAAAAAAGAGUGUAUGCAAUGUAAAAUCAAAGUUAAUUCAUUUAAUGAACUAUCAAGAGCAAGACAAGUUGAAAGGUUUUUAUUAAAAAUUUGUGUAUGCUGUCCAUAUUCAUUCAAAAAUAUUAUUAGAGUAGAUGAAAGUGAAAAAUUAAUAAAAGAUGGUUGGGGGUGUAAUGAAAUUGUUAAAUUAGAAGAAUUAGAUAAUCAUAUUGAAAAUUGUAAUUUUAGAUUUGUAAAAUGUAAAUAUUAUGAAAUUGGAUGCAUGGAUCAAAUCAGAUACAAUCAAAAUGAAUUUCAUAUUUCCAAAUGCGAAUACCAACCAUUAAAUUGUACACAUUGUUCUAAUGUUUAUUUAUUAAAAAUAAUGGAGCAACAUUAUCUCGAAUGUCCCUCAAUGUUAAUAGACUGUAAAGAAUGCAAUGAAAAAAUCAAAAGAGAAGAAAUGUAUAUGCAUAUAGAUAAAGAAUGUCAAGAGGUAGUUAUUUCAUGUAAAUUUUUACAAUUUGGGUGUAAUGAUAAAAUAAAAAGAAAAAAUUUAGAAAAUCAUUUAGAUCAAACAAACCACUCAAAACAUUUAAGUACUGUAUUAGAAAGUUUAAUCAAUAAAAACAAUCAACUUUCAAAUAGUAUUGAUUACUUAACUAAAGGUAAAGAACUUAUGGCUUCAACAAUAGAAGAUUUAGUCAUUAAAAAUAAUCUACUUUUAAAUAGUAUUGAUUACUUAACUAAAGGUAAAGAAUAUAUGGCUUCAACAAUAGAAGAUUUAAACAUUAAAAAUAAUCUACUUUCAGAUAGUAUCAAUGAACUAAUCAAAGGUAAAGAACUUAUGGCUUCAACAAUAGAAGAUUUAGUCAUUAAAAAUAAUCUACUUUUAAAUAGUAUUGAUUACUUAACUAAAGGUAAAGAAUAUAUGUCUUCAACAAUAGAAGAUUUAAACAUUAAAAAUAAUCUACUUUCAGAUAGUAUCAAUGAACUAAUCAAAGGUAAAGAAAAUUUAAUCAUAAAAAACAAUCAACUUUCAAAUAGUAUUGAUGAAUUACUCAAAGGUAAAGAAAAUUUAAUCAUAAAAAACAAUGAACUUUCAAAUAGUAUUGCUGAAUUAUCUAGAGGUAAAGAAUAUAAAAAUAAAUGGAUUAUUUCAAACUAUUCCAAAAUUUUUCAUUCUCCUGGUCAAUUUUUAAAAUCUCCUCCAUUUGGAUAUGCUCCAUAUUUUUUUCAUAUCCUAAUAUACAAAAAUGGAAUGGAUACAUCUGAUAUUGGAAACAUAGGUGUUUUUCUUAGCUCUGGAGAUAAUAAUAAUCAAAAAAAUAUAUCAUUCUCAAUAGCUUUAUUAAAUUAUUAUUCUGAAAAUAACUACUCUUAUUCAUUUAAAAACAGUGAUAUAACACCAUCAGGAUUUGGAUGGAAUUGCUUUAUAAAUGGUAAUCAUAUGAAUAUAAUAACCGGAUAUGUAAAAGAAGAUGACAAAGUAGAAUUUGAAUUUACACUUACCUAUCCUCCUCCAAAUCCAUUGUUAUCAAAUUAAUUUCAAAUUAUCAAUAAAAAAAUUAUAUUAUUUUAAAGAAUGCUUUUUCU